AUGUCGAAUGAAAGUAAACCCCUAUCACGACUUAUUGGCAAAGGGAAGUGUAUAGAGAAUGAACCACCACUGUAUGUAAACAGUAUAGAGAAUGAACCACCACUGUAUGUAAACAGUAUAGAGAAUGAACCACCACUGUAUGUAAACAGUAUAGAGAAUGAACCACCACCGUAUGUAAACAGUAUAGAGAAUGAACCACCACGUGCACUGUAUGUAAACAGUAUAGAGAAUGAACCACCACCUUAUGUAAACAGUAUAGAGAAUGAACCACCACCGUAUGUAAACAGUAUAGAGAAUGAACCACCACUGUAUGUAAACAGUAUAGAGAAUGAACAUCCACCUAUAGACAAUGAACCACCACCGCAUGUAAACAGUAUAAAGAAUGAACCACCACCGUAUGUAAACAGUAUAGAGAAUGAAUCACCACCGUAUGUAAACAGUAUAGAGAAUGAACCACCACCGCAUGUAAACAGUAUAGAGAAUGAACCACCACCGCAUGUAAACAGUAUAGAGAAUGAACCACCACCGUAUGUAAACAGUAUAGAAAAUGAACCACCACCUUAUGUAAAUAGUAUAGAAAAUGAACCACCACCUUAUGUAAAUAGUAUAGAGAAUGAACCACCACUGCAUGUAAACAGUAUAGAGAAUGAACCACCACCGUAUGUAAACAGUAUAGAGAACGAACCACGACUGCAUGUAAACAGUAUAGAGAAUGAAUCACCACUGUAUGUAAACAGUAUAGAGAAUGUACAUCCACCUAUAGAGAAUGAAUCACCACCGUAUGUAAACAGUAUAGACAACGAAUCACCACCGCAUGUAAACAGUAUAGAGAAUGAAUCACCACUGCAUGUAAACAGUAUAGAGAAUGAAUCACCACCGUUUGUAAACAGUAUAGAGAAUGAACCACCACCGCAUGUAAACAGUAUAGAGAAUGAACCACCACCGUAUGUAAACAGUAUAGAGAAUGAACCACCACCGUAUGUAAACAGUAUAGAAAAUGAACCACCACCUUAUGUAAAUAGUAUAGAAAAUGAACCACCACCUUAUGUAAAUAGUAUAGAGAAUGAACCACCACUGUAUGUAAACAAUAUAGAGAAUGAAUCACCACCGUAA